AUGUUCUUUGAUUUAUUUAAUGAGACUAAAGAUUUUAAUGAGACUAAAGAUCUUGGUGAAAGGAAAGGGAGAGCGGUUAGAGAAAUGGGGACCGGAUCAGAGCUUUUUGGUAAGUUCAUUGUUGAUAGCGGUUUGGUGGAUGUGCCAAGUAAAGGAAAAAAAUUUACUUGGUAUAGCGGAGAUGGUAGAUCUAUGAGUAGGAUCGAUCGUUUCAUUGUGUCUAAUGUUAUUGUCAAUAGACGGGGUGUGGUGGGACAAAGAGUGGGGGAUAGAGACAUUUCGGAUCAUUGCCCGAUUUGGUUGGUGGUGGACAAAUUAAAUUGGGGUCCAAAACCAUUUAGAUUCAAUAACGAAUGGUUUAGUUUUAAUUCUUUCUUACCUUUUGUGGAAAAGGAGUGGAAGGAGUUGGUGGUGGAAGGUAGAGGUGAUUAUGUUCUUAAAGAGAAAUUGUCUCGGAUCAAGGAGAGGUUAAAGUGGUGGAAUAAAACGGUUUUUGGGAGUAUAGAUUUGGAAGUGGAAGAUUGUGUUAAAGGUAUCAAUGAAGGGGAUCUUUUGUUGGAAGAUUUGCCGGAGAUUUUAUUAGGUGAGUCUCUCGUCGGUAGGAAUGAGGCCAACAAGAGGUUUUGGUUAAACUUGAGGAUUAAGGAAAAUAUGCUUGUUCAAAAAUCAAGACUUAAAUGGUUAAAUGAAUGA